UCUUCAGCUUUAAAAGUAGAAGUAUAUAAUGGCUCCAAGCAGGUGAAAACGUCUAAAUCUAUAAACUCCUUUGGCAAACAUCCAAUAUACAAGCUCCAAAAUUUUACUUGCACUUUUAUCAUGAGAAAAGCUUGUUUCUUGUCCAUGAAUCAAAGAUGCUAAAGGACAAGGAUGCGCCGUCCAGUGUUGAGAAAAAAGGUGAAGUUUGCAAUAUUUUCAGUUCAUAGAAAUCUUUUAACUCUGCAAAGGAUCGUUCCAGGGUGCGAGGAGGCCGAUUUGGAAACCUUGUUUCAGAGGUCUAUUGAGCACAUUAUCAAAUUAAAAUCACUGGUUUAUGUUCUCAGAAGUCUUGCAAACUCCUAUGGUGUAUGACUGGAUAAAUUCCUAGUAUUAUCUCCAUUUGCAUCAACUGUAAGUUUCAAUUUCUUUUUCUCUCAGUAGUUAGUAACCCGAAACUUGA